UGAAACCUGGCUUUGCUCCUGUUCGACGCCUUUUCCACAUCGCAGUCAAAGCCCAACCUUUGGUUCGUUCAGGAAUUUCGUCGAACAUUUACACUGCAGGUUCUGCUCAACUUAACGAGCCCCCAAACCCAUAACACGUGGCAGAAUCCCGGAAUCCUCGAAGCAGACACGCGUCAACAACUCAUCUCCCGCUUGUGCUCAACCAUCGACACCAUCUCUUCCUACCUGUCUGUCGCUCCCAUUCACAGCUCCUUCAAACCCAAUCCAAAUUCACAGAGCCAUGCACCGUUUCAAGCUCCCCCUCCAAUUCCGCAAAUCCAGUUCGCCCAUUUCCUAUCAGACAACCUCUAGAAAGUUCUCUACUCACCAAAUCCAACUCGAUAAUGCCGGCCCGGUGGCUUCCCUCCUCAAGACCCGAGCCGUGGUCCGGUUCCGAGGCCCCGACACCGUGAAGUUCCUUCAGGGUCUGUUGACCAACGAUGUAAGGAAGUUCAGCGAACCCUUGGGUGACAAGGCGCCCAGUUUUCCUACGCCUAACGUGCCUGCUAUAUCGGCUUCACCUGUAUACGCCGCAAUGUUGACGCCUCAGGGAAGGUUUCUGUAUGAUUUGUUCUUGUACAAGCCGCCUCCGUCUGAUCAGAAGCUUGAUCGAACUGGUUCUGGACCGGGUCCUGACUCGCAGGAUCUGGAGCUCUAUGCUGAUGUUGAUAGGUCUGUAUUAGACGAGCUCUUGGAAACCAUGAAAAAAUACCGAUUGAGGUCCAAGGUUGAUAUUGAAAAUGUGGCAGAAGAUUUCUGUUGUUGGCAACGUUAUGGUGGGAACCUGGCUGAGAAGUCCUCUUCAACAGACGAACCUGAAGCUUCUUCUGUUGGCUGGGGCAGUGCUGUCGAUCAACUUGGUGCAUCAUCUUCACAAGGAAAUGGAUUAGGAUGGCAGUGGCAUAAGGACCCAAGAUUGAACUGCCUUGGAUUCAGGGGGAUCUUUCCAUCUGCUACAACACCACCACCUUUGAUAGAGGCUGACAAGGAAACUGAUGAAAACAACUAUCUACAAUGGAGAGUUGAAAAAGGGGUUGCAGAAGGCUCAACUGAAAUUCCAAAAGGCGAGGCAAUGCCACUUGAAUACAAUCUUGCGGGUCUUAAUGCUAUAAACUUCGAUAAAGGUUGCUAUGUGGGCCAAGAACUCGUUGCUCGGACACAUCAUCGGGGCGUCAUUCGAAAACGUUUGCUUCCGCUGAAGUUUGUUGAUGAUGAGGGGAAAGAAGUAGAACAUAAAGUUGCUCCCAAGUCCGAAGUAAUUGAUACUGCAUCUGGCAAGAAGGCUGGGACUGUGACUACUGCCCUCGGAUGUCGUGGUCUGGGUCUCUUAAGGCUGGAAGAAGCUUUUAAAGGAUUGGGCACCUUGUCUAUACAAGGACAGGAAGAUGUGAAGGUUCAGGCCAUUAGACCAGAAUGGUGGCCUUCCGAGUGGUUUACGGAGCGUCAAGAGCAAAGUGUAGCUGCUUAGAGUAAUUUUUCACUUGGUUGUCCGUUGUUGUGCCUUCAAUAAAGUUAAAGAAAAUGUUAUAGCGACUCCUGCAUCGUGUUUGAACGGUAUGAAAUAAGCAAUUCUGAGAUCAUCUUAUAAGUUGUAUAAUCUAAUUGCUGCUUUGAAAUGUAUGAUUGGUCUUGAAAUUCGUUAUA